AUGAAGCUCUCCUCCACGCUUGUAUUUGGUGCAGCCUUGACUCUGGCUCAUGCCAAUCCAGUCGCGAAGCGAGCCAUCUCUGACGCCGAUAUUCUCAAUUAUGCUCUGACUCUCGAGCAUCUCGAAGCGACCUUCUACGAGGAAGGCCUCAAGAACUACACGGAGCAGGACUUUAUAGAUGCCGGCCUGGAUAGCACCUUCUACACUAACCUGAAGACGAUUGCUAUGGAUGAAACGACCCACGAGGCUUUCCUGACCCAAGCUCUGGCUGCUGCUGGAGCGAAGCCUGUAGAGCGCUGCACUUAUGUCUUCCCGUCAACGGAUGUCCUGUCCUUCCUUGCCCUCGGCAAUGUUUUGGAAGGUGUUGGUGUUAGCGCCUACCUCGGUGCCGCCGCUUCAAUUAUGAACCCCGCGUACCUCACAGCGGCUGGUAGCAUCUUGACUGUUGAAGCCCGCCACAGCGCCUACCUGCGAGCUACACUUGGAGAGGCCCCGUCUGCACAGGCAUUUGACAACCCUCUUGAUUUCAAUGAGGUCUUCACGGUCGCUUCACCUUUCAUUGCCUCUUGUCCAUCGACCAACGAGCAGCUACCCGUCAAGGCAUUCCCGUCUCUCACAAUGAGCGCAACGGCACCAGCCAUGAAUGGCUCCCAGGUUGCGGUCAUGGCCGGGCCCGGCUUCAACACGUCGAUGGAUAUGAGCAAUGUCUUUGCUGCAUUUAUCACCGUCACUGGUCCUGUUUGGGCCCCACUGAAUAGCAGUGGUGAUGGGAAGUUCACCGUAACUAUUCCAAGUGGCGUUUCUGGCCAGAGUUAUGUUGUUCUUACCCAGGGCAACACUCAGGCUACGGACGAUAAUAUUCUAGCUGGCCCUGCUAUCAUUGAGGUUGGUGCUAUGACGGGAAGCAUGGGAAUGGGAGCUGUCACGUCAAGCAGCAUGUCUGGAAAACCGACUUCGACCAUAUCUAUGUCCUUGACCAGCUCGAAGACUACCUCCUCAAUGACCGCGGGGGCCACUACGUCGCCGGCGUUCAACGAGGCGAGCGUACUUAUGGGGACUGGCACUACCGGUGUGCUUGGCGCAUUUAUUGCUGCAGCUGCGUUCGUCAUGCAGUGA